CUGACUGGAGCUAUAGGUUUUUUCUCCCCCUCGUCAUUUUAGGGAAAAUCUGGACGGACUGACGGAGAUUUUGGGAUGUUGACACCGGUUACUACUUGGUGUUGACAGCAGGAAGAAACCAGGAAGAAACUACGAAUUUAAAACAGCAAACCAACACCGAAAGAGGAAGCGGACAGAAAGCAGACAGUGCACAGUAACGCAGGACGAAGCACAACAACUUCCAGCGGUUGUGUCCCCGGGGUGGUCUGAGGGAAGCUCUAGAGGUGUUUCUACCUGAAAGGUGAAGUAAAGCCCCUCGCUCUGGAGAUGGAGUACCCGGACGACUACCUCCUGUUGUCCCAGCUGGGUCACUUCCAAUUCAACGACUCGCACUUCCAGAACAACUUCAGCGGUAUCUACAACGAAACCGACGCGCUACUGCCAACCGGGGUCAAGGUCACCAUCGUGGUCGUCUACAUGAUUGUCUGUGUCAUCGGCCUGGUGGGAAACUUCCUGGUCAUGUAUGUCAUCAUAAGAUACACAAAGAUGAAGACAGCCACCAACAUCUACAUCUUUAACCUGGCUCUUGCUGACUCCUUGUUCUUGGCGACUUUACCUUUCCAGGGCACAGACGUGUUCCUGGGCUUCUGGCCGUUCGGGAAUGCUCUGUGCAAGGCGGUGGUGUCUAUCGACUACUACAACAUGUUCACCAGCACCUUCACCCUGACGGUGAUGAGUAUGGACAGAUAUGUGGCUGUCUGUCACCCUGUCAAAGCACUGGACAUGAGGACUCCUCACAAGGCCAAGGUGGUGAAUAUCUGUGUGUGGGUGUUGGCCUCAGCCUUUGGUGUUCCAGCCAUGGUCCUGGGAAAUGUUGAGGUGGAACAAGAACAUGACAGCGUCGAGUGCAUCGUGGUUUUGCCUGAACCAAGGAGUCACUGGGAUCCUGUCUUCGGCACCUGCGUUUUCCUCUUCUCCUUCCUCAUCCCUGUGGCUAUCAUCAGCAUCUGCUACAGCCUGAUGGUUAAGCGUCUGCGCAACGUCCGCAUCCUGUCUGGCUCCAAGGAGAAGGAUCGCAACCUGCGACGCAUCACCAGGAUGGUGUUGGUGGUGGUGGCGGCAUUUGUAGUCUGCUGGACCCCGAUCCAGAUCAUGGUCCUGGCUCAGUCACUGGGCUUCAACCUGAGCAGCCUGUUCACGCUGGUCCUGAUGCACUUCUGCAUCGCGCUGGGCUACGUCAACAGCAGCUUGAAUCCUGUGCUCUAUGCCUUCCUUGAUGAGAACUUCAAGCGCUGCUUCCGUGAGUUUUGCAACCCGUCGCCAUUCCGCCUGGACACCCAGCAGUCGGGCAGGAUGAGGAGCAUUGCCAGGGAGGUGGCGGCGGCAUACAGUUGCAAGAAUGAUGGUAGUGGUCCAGGAGGGACACCUAAUCCCGCAUGACUAGGCGUGGAGCUUCCCUUGGUUGGGGUAGACCCCGAGCAAAGGGGAGAGAACCACGGGACAGGGAACUCCAACACAGAAUUGACGCAGAUAACAGCUCUCUAGCGGCACGAGCCCCCCCGCCCCCCAACUAGAAGACUGGCCUGGGGUGGGGGGGAGGGAGAUGAGGAGGACGGGGACGAAAGAAAAAGGAUUUAGGAAUAUGGAUAGUGAUGCCAAGCAUAUAGUAUAGGGGGAGGGGAAUGGGCUACAUUGAAAGCUUCUGUAGAAUGGGUGGUGGACAUCUGUGUAUGCGACGGUGCCUGAUAUUGGAUUAGGGUUUGGGUUAAAUAGCCCAAACCAUUUUGGAAUGACUAUGGCCUUAACUCCUCUGAAGUGGAAGUGGCAUUUUGGAAUGUAAGACUUUAAGAAUCAAACCCAAUCUUUAGGUGGACUUAAACACAAAAGGGGUAUUAGACAUAUUUGAAAGGGACUGAAUCUUUCAACUGAGGCUGGUACCCAGUUGCUGCAUCUCUAGAAAGAUGUCUGACUCAGUACUUGUAUAUUAGAAGGUAGGUGUUGGGGCUAGACAUUUGGAGAGACAAUGGAAGCAGCACAGGAUUAAAAGGAGUGCAGAUACCAACAUCUCUGAAACCACCACAGACUGAAGACCUGCCAAGGAAGAAUAAAGCUUUCAUGAAAUGUGAAAUAUGUAAUACCCACUACAGUCUAUUGUAUUUUCAACAGUUGAUGUUUUCAGUUUCGAAUAACUUUAAAUGCCCUUUGUACGACGCUGAUCCCAUUAUGGGGUCCCUAUUGUUGUCUAAAAAAAGGGUAUGCAUAAUGUUAAAAUGCUGCUGAGCCCUUUUAAGAACUUAAAAGGGCACACAAAGUAUAAUGUGAUCUUACAGCCUGUAGACAGAAGGUUUAAUGUAAUGGAAGUAUAUGCUAAAAGUUACUAUUGAACAAUGUUUCCUUAACUGUGUAUAUGGAACUCAUGAAUGUUAUUUUUUUGUAGGAGCAACAUUUCUCAGCGGUACUGAAGCAAAGUAGCCUGGGAAACCCUGUCCAACAAGUAAAGCUUUGGAUUUGGAUUUUUGACUUUCUAUGAUAGACUAUGGGGCGUGGGAUAUUUGGGCACAGAUUGGUGAAAGAGUUACCUGGAAAAACAACCAAAAAAAAUAACUCUGACCCGCCAUACUGUAAGCACAGUCAUAAUGAGCGAUGUUGACUGAAGUUGAUUAGCAUAAAGAAACCAAAGUUUACUUUCUAGCAAGUGAAAUUGUAGAGCUCUAAAGUCUGGUUCGUCUCAAUGUAUGUACAGUUAUUUUCAAAAAAAAUGUGAUACCCAGCCCAAGUGAUGAAUUUGGGACUAAAUUGGUUACUUGCCAACAGCUCAAUCUCUGUUUGUCUUGAGGGUAACAUGGCGGACAUACAGUAAGGCCAUUUUAAUUAUCAAUUGUUGGUACAUGAUGCGUUUCUAGUAAUUGAUACAGGCUUACGCUUACAGGUUUUAUAGAAGGUACUUUUCAGUUUCACCCAAACUACUACAUUUUAGACUUUGUGAUAACUGACUGAUUGGUUCUAAUAUUGACACUAUCAUAUGUUAUGGAACAUACCAGCUGAUAUACCCUAUAAGCAGUAUUGCAGCUUGUGGUUCAUUUUACCCUGACUCCUACUAUUAUUUAAAUUUCCUGUGAUACCUACCAUGGUAAUUAGACAUUUGGAUACAAGCAAAGUGUUUAAGAUAUAUAUAUAGAUCUCUAGCUGCUGUCAGGAUUGGGGAAUUGGAGUUGAAACGGAUUGGGUUUGUGGUGGGGUUUUGGAUUGAUGCUUUAAGGUAUUUUGAGGU